GGUUUUAAGUCCUUUUGAUCCAAUGAAAAUACCUUCUUAUCACUAGUUGGAGAAAAAUGGAUGAACAAGAGGAAACUUGGUAUAUGGAUGACUAUGAAGAAGAACUACUUGAGGAGAUGGACGAGGAAGAUGGAGACAAUGAUCUGUCAGGAAAUUAUUUAGAUAAUCUAGAAACUAUUGAAGGGGAUGAUGAUUAUGAAGAUGUUUUAUUCGAGAAUGCAUUAUCCAUAAAGUCUAUAUCGUCAGAAAUAUUAUCAUGCACUACACCAGUUUUGAAACAAGCCUAUUGGUUACUGAUUUUGAUACUUGUUUCAUGUCUUCUAUGGCGUAUCGUACAAUUUGUACUGAACAAAUGUUUCCCUUCAAAUGGGAAAAUUUGCCGCACAUUUGUCACAAUAAUCCUCCAUAUAUUUUCCAUUUGUCUUGGUUUAUUAGUUUUAUAUUAUGCUUCAUAUGAUCUGUGGUGGAUUGUUAUUGGCCUUAUAAUUAUCUUAACACUAUUAUUUACCUUAAAUAUUAACUCUGAUAUUUCUAAUUCACAUGGGAAAUAUACUAAUUGGGAAUUAUUUGUAACAAUUGGAAUUUGUUCAUCUGUUCAGUUAUACUGUGAGUUUAACAAAAAUCCUGUUAAAUGGCAUCAAAUCCGUGGUAGUAUAAUGAUAAUUAUUAUGAAAUGUAUAUCUUUUUCUAUGGAAAACAAAAAUUUUUAUAAAAUGAUCAAUAAAGAGCCUUGCUGCAUACUACUGUGGACACCAUUAUAUCGUGGAUUACUUUGGUUAUCUUAUUGUCUGUGUCCAGCUAGUUUAUUGUUUGGUCCAUGGUUUAAUCCGUUAAGAUAUGAAGAAAUGAUUAGAAACUAUGCUGUUAAUGAUAGACCUUUUUCUUUAAAAAAUACUAUAAUUUCACUUUUUCAAACAGUUAAAUUAUUUGGGCUAUCUUUGUUAUAUUUAACUUAUUCGACUUGUUUCUCUCAUACACUGGCUUUGAUAUUGAAAUUUCAACCUUGGCUCCAUGCUUAUUUUGCAUCACAAAGUUUCCGUUUCAGUCAUUAUUUCGUAUGUAUAUCAAGUGAAUCUUCCAUGACAGCUUUAGGAUAUUAUGAUAAAUAUUCAAUAAAAUCAAACAAACAAGAAAAUAUUGAGGAGAAAGACAAUUCAAAAGAUGUAUAUAAACCUAUUGUGGUAACUCGUCCAUUGUUCAUUGAACUUCCUCGAUCGUUAGUGGAAGUUGUUAUUUACUGGAAUUUGCCAAUGCAUACUUGGUUAAAACAAUAUGUAUACAAGCCGUUACGUCCAUAUGGACAUGUGUAUGCUAUAUUGGGAACCUAUACAGCUAGUUCAUUAUUGCAUGGUUUGAAUUUUCAACUUAGUGCUGUUUUAUUUUCUAUUGGAAUCUAUGCAUACAUUGAAUAUGUCUUUCGAGAAAAAUUGGCCAAGAUUCUAGAUGCAUGUAUUGCCAGUCGUCCAUGUCCUGAAUCCUGUUGUCAUAGUAACAAGAAUUCAUUCUGGGUAUAUUGGUGCAACGUAGCCUUCAGUUGUUUGGCUAUAUUUCAUUUGGCUUAUUUAGCUGUAAUGUUUGAUACGAGUGAACAGCAAUUUAAGGGCUAUAAUAUGUGGCAUACUAUGGAUAAAUGGUACAAUUUAGGAUUUCUCAGUCAUAUUGUAGCCUUUGCAAAUUUCUUAUUUUAUUUAUAUUUAUAAAUAAAUAUCGAAUAAGCUAUGUAUUUGUUUGUAGAGAAUAAAACAUUUAUCUAUCACAACUAAACGUAUGCAAAAUGUAUUUUCUUAUCACUUACUCAGCAUGUAUUUCUUAAUAAUAAUGGAAUGAAAGUUUAUUUUGCUUUCAAGUAUAAACAACAAAGAAAGGUAUUAUUGAUGAGUUGAUGAGUUUUGUACAUGUACAUGAUCUCUAAUGAAUUUAGGUUUUUAAAAUCAUAUAAAUUCCUUUCUCUCUGACAUUGGUUUAAUUAAAGAGUUGUUAUUUAAAUAAUGUUCUCAAACUACUAUUCUCAGACUACUAUUUGCCUUGGUUUUAUUUUUGUUGAGAAAUGUUUUGUCGGCUAGUCAAAAUGAAGUCAUGUUCAUGGGAAUUGAAUAAUAUCUUCUAAUGUAAUAAUUAUCAAUUCAGGAAACUAGUUUAGGAAAGAAACUCUGAAUAAGGACUAGACAAGCAUGACAUUGAUCACCACCCAGUGAUCAAUCAAUUGUGAUUACAUCUCAGUCCUACAGGAGGUUAGUCAUGGCUCGGGUAGCUCAGUGGUAACGCCUCUGACUGUGAAGCUGGGUGACACGAGAUCGAAUCCGCCAGGGAGCACCAGUUCCCUCGAGAUUACAGGUACACCUUGCUGACGAGUGCCAAGUAGCACGAAACCCGGGUCCAGGGUUUCCUGUUGACUACCUCCAACCACCAUCUAAAUCUGCAUAACCUUCCUAAAAUAAGUUUGGAAGUUCAAGCAUUAUUUCAUUAUCUCAAAAGUAUCCCAUUCAGAUUAUCCAAACAAUAUCUAUAUUACUUAUUAGUUUCAGUGUGUAGAGGGCUUAAACAUCUACCGCUUGCUAGAUUUUAAAAGUUUACUAAUCUUCGAUUCCGAACCGAAAGUUUGAAAUGUGGUGGCUGCUUUAUCUUUAAACUUAGUUUGCAUAAAUAAUGUAGGGGUAUAUAUAAGGUUAGAUAUGAUCUUGAGACUCUAGGCACCUCUAAUAAUUAGUAUUGAACUCAGAAACUGAGCAGUUAGGUUAAUAAAAACAGGAUCAGUCGUUUUCUAGAUUUCUCUUAAAAGUUUUUAAAGACAACUUCUUAGUCAAAGUAUUUUUAUCACUUGCCUGACUACUGGAGACAGUUUCGAGGAAUUAUCAAGGUCUCCUAACACUUUUAUCACAUUUUUCAGUUAACUUUACCAUUAUCCAUUAGCAAUAUGAAUCCUGCUUUGUCCAUUUCAAUUUGGAAAGUUCUUUAGCUACAGUAGCCUUUACACAUUAGUUCAAUCGAAGGGAUUUGUAUAUGGCUGUCUGGUACAUUUACGAAGUGAAUAACUAGAUAUCUAAAAUCACAACAAGAGAACUUACUAUUUGUUAACAUUGGAUAAUUAAGUAGUACUUCUAUUUUUUAAUGAUUUGUAAUAUUAAUUUAACUUGCAAUGUCAUAGAUUACUCGAAGUCAUUAGUUCAAUGUCCUCUAGGAAUAUCGAACAUCCUAUACCAUUCCAUAAUGGUUCUCUACAUUUAUAUGUCAAGUUGAUUGAAUAGUCCGGCGUAAUUUCAAAUUAUUUAUCUUCCGCUUUACAAAACUUACUCCUUGAACAUAGUGAUAUCAAGUAAAACAAUAGGCAUCACAAUUGUAGGGAAAUAUAAAUUGUUCUUAAAGAAGUUACACUUACAUAUUCUCUAUUUUAGUUCAUGUUAUACGAUAUUUUUAUCUUUGAUAUGACAAAAUUUCAUCCCAUAGUAGUUUUGAAAUUGGUCUCUCAGCUACACUAAAUCCGUUGUAAUUAUUAAUUUGAUAUAAAUAAAAUUUAAAAGGCUUUC